GCAGGGGGCUCCGCAGGCCGCAGCUCCGGUGCGGCAGCAGCAGCAGCGCUUCUCCUGCGAACCCCGCGCGCCGCUCCAGGAGUGUGUGAGCUGUGAUGGGUGGUCUCUGAGAGUCUUUGAGUGUGUGUAUGUGUGAGCAUCCUGAGCCCAGCCGUCAGUAUGAAUGGGGACAUGCCUCAUGUGCCCAUCACCACCCUCGCUGGCAUCGCCGGGCUGACUGACUUGCUGAACCAGCUGCCUCUGCCGUCCCCCCUGCCGGGGACCACCACUAAGAGUCUGCUGUACAGUGUGCGGGUGGUGGAGGAGGUGGAGCGACUGCUGGCCUGCAGGGACGACGCGCUGGCUGCCCAACUCGCCGGGGGAUUAGCACAGGUCUCUACUGAACACAUAGAGCUGAAGGACAGUCUGAGCACUGAUGAGUUGGAGGGAGAUGUUCCGGUUCUGCUGCAGCUGCUGCUCUCCAGGAACCCCAGCAUCUUCAGGGCAAAGAGUGCACCGCCCACGCCUCAGUACGGCACGCAGACUGGUUUAGCGCAGCAGCAGUUGGCACCACCCUUCAAGGUGACCCAUAACGCCAUGCAGGGUAGCCCGGCCUCCAACAACUACCAGCAGGGCUCGGUGACCCACAGCCCAUCUGGGCGGUUUGUCGCAGGUCAGACGGGGUCCGGUGGCCAUUUCCUCUCUCAGCAGACGAGUCCGGUGCCGAGCCCUUACACACCUCAGAGCCCCGUCACUGGGUACAGGCAGUACCCCCACCCUCCUGCCUACAGCCAGCCUCAACACCUGCAGCAAGGUUCUGUAGCGAGUCCCAUGAUUCCUGGUGGCAUGAGGAAUCCCCUGGACAGUAAGGACUCAAUGAGGAGUUUUUCAGGAGCUCCCGCCCUGCUGCAAUCGUCCCCGCCCUACACGCCCCCGCAGGAGGCGGAGCUCCUGCUGGGCUCGGUGGAGAAGGGGCAGGGUCUGAAGGGAGGUGAUGGAGAGAAAGGGGGUGUGUAUCAUAUGGUGGGUUCCCCGGGUGCGGAUGGUGGUAAGAUGCGGGAGGCGCGGUCGCGGGCAGCAGUGGAUGCAGAGCUGGGCGGAGUUUUCACAGGCUCUGACCCUGAGGGGGAGCUGGUGGAGGCCCUCGCCGCCAUUGAGAGGAUGGAGAGUGAGGCAGCCAUGGAAACUGACCGCACCGCUAAAGAGGUGCAGGACAAAGACAAGCCCCUUAAGAAGCGGAAGCAGGACUCCCACCCCCAGGAGCCCGGUGCAGGGGGGUGUGGGGGUGUUGCUAUGGGUAACCGAUUAGCCCUUGCAGAGGGCGGCGCUGUGGGCGGGGCUGAAGACGGCUGUGGGUCACGCCACUGGCCACAGGAGCCUCAGGAGGGCGUGACCCCCAAACCGCUCCAGCGUGGCAGUCGCCAUGAUGAUAGGCAAGCAGACGCCCCGCGGCAGAAGCACAGACCUGAGGGUCGCCAUGAUGAUGGGGACAACAGCAAACCUGGCGAGCUGCCUGCGUACGGGCUCGGGGAGAGCUCUGGCUUUAAGGAGCCAGAGGGAGCGGGACCAGGGGAAGCAGUGGGCUUGCCCCUGGGAUGGAAGCAACCACGUGUGUGUCUGGAACGGCUGGAGGCAGAGCCUGAGCCGAAGAAGAGCGUGAAACCCGUGGUGGUCCUGCAGAAACUGUCUCGGGAUGAGGUUGAGCGACUGAUCAGGGAGAGGGAGUCCCGCGCCAAAGCAUAAAACAGACUGACUGCUGGGAGAUAUGGAAAAGGUGGAGUGGACCCGUCUGUGCUGAAGGACCUUCCCCCCGAGCUGCUGGCUGAGAUUGAGUCCACCAUGCCCCUGUGUGAGAGAGUGAAGAUGAAUAAACGCAAACGCAGCACGGCGAACGAGCGGCCACGGUACGCUGAGGACAGCUCGGACGACGAGGAGCUGAGGAACGCUGACUCGACACGUAAGCGGCAAAAGAAGGAUCGUGACCGAACGUGGGAGUUCGAAGAGCGAGAUAGGCGGAGUUCCGGAGACCAUCGGCGAGUCCACGAUAGCCGCAGGGGGAGAGGCGCUCGCUAUGACGACUCUGAGGAAGACUCACCCCCGCCCAGCCUCAGUGACGUGGCGCAAAGUCUGAGGAAGAAGGAGAAGGAGAAGAAGAGGAAAGCGUAUGAGCCCAAACUCACAGCUGAGGAAAUGAUGGACUCCUCCACCUUCAAAAGGUUCUGCGCCAGCAUAGACAGCAUAUUAGAGAACCUGGAGGACGUGGACUUCACCGCUCAGGAUGAUGAUGAGAUUCCUCAGGAGCUGUUGUUGGGGAAACACCAGCUGAGUGAGCUGAGCAGUGAGUCAGCGAAGAUCAAGGCCAUGGGCAUCUCAGACAGGAUUCCCACUGAUAAGCUGGUGAAGCUGUUGAACAUCCUGGAGAAGAACAUUCUGGAUGGAGCCAAUCUCUCCACACUCAUGAGCCCUGAGAAUGAAGGUGAAGAUGAGGAGCGUCUAUGGCGAGAUCUGAUUAUGGAGCGUGUGACGAAGUCUGCAGAUGCGUGUCUGACGUCGUUGAACGUGAUGACAUCUCCUCACAUGCCCAAAGCCGUGUACAUCGAGGACGUGAUUGAGAGACUGCUGCAGUUCACUAAGUUCCACCUGCAGAACACGCUGUACCCUCAGUACGACCCCGUCUACCGCGUAGACCCUAAAGGAGGCUCCAUGCUGAGCUCCAAGGCUAAGCGUGCUAAAUGCUCCACUACUAAGCAGAGGGUGAUCAUCAUGCUGUAUAAUAAAGUGUGUGAUGUGGUCAGUAACAUCUCAGAGCUCUUAGAGAUCCAGCUGAUGACUGACACCACCAUCCUGCAGGUGUCGUCUAUGGGGAUCACUCCGUUCUUCGUGGAGAACGUGAGCGAGCUGCAGCUGUGUGCUAUCAGGCUGGUGACGGCGGUGUUUUCUCGCUAUGAAAAACACAGACAGUUAAUUCUGGAGGAGAUUUUCACCUCUUUGGCCCGACUGCCCACCAGCAAGCGCAGCCUCAGGAACUUCAGGUUGAACAGCAGUGAUGAUGAAGGAGAGCCGGUGUACAUUCAGAUGGUGAGCGCGCUGGUUCUCCAGCUCAUCCAGUGUGUGGUGCACCUCCCCUCCGACAGAGACCACACAGAGGAGGACCACAAGAAGGUGGAUGAGGACGUGCUGAUCACGAACUCGUACGAAACAGCUCGGCGGACGGCUCAGAACUUUCUCUCCGUCUUCCUGAAAAAGUGUGGCAGUAAGCAGGGCGAGGAGGACUACAGGCCGCUGUUUGAGAACUUUGUGCAGGAUCUUCUGUCUACAGUGAACAAACCCGAGUGGCCUGCAUCUGAACUGCUGCUCAGUCUGCUGGGGAGAUUACUGGUGCACCAGUUCAGUAAUAAGCAGACAGAGAUGGCUCUCAGGGUGGCUUCUCUAGACUACCUGGGCACUGUAGCAGCUCGGCUCAGGAAGGACUCGGUCACCAGCAGGAUGGACCAGAAAGCCAUCGACCGGAUAAUAAGAGAGAGCUCAGGGAACGAUGAAACUCAGCAGCUUCAGAAAGCUCUGCUGGACUACAUAGACGAGAACACCGAGACCGACCCUGCUUUAUUAUUUGCACGCAAGUUCUACGUUGCGCAGUGGUUCAGGGACUGCACUACGGAGUGUGAGAAGGCCAUGAGGAGUCAGAAUCAGAAGCAGGAUGACUCUGACGGUGGGCAGCACACUAAAGAGCUCAGAGACACUCGGGACAUCAUGCAGCGAGCCGAGGCACGCAAAAAAUUCCUCCACUCUGUCAUCAAGUCCUCCACCAACCAGUUUACAACACUCAGGAUGAAUUCAGACACUGUGGAUUACGAAGAUGCCGGCCUUAUUGUACGCUACCUGGCCUCCACCAGACCCUUCUCCCAAAGCUUCGACAUCUACCUGACCCAGAUUCUGAGGGUUCUGGGAGAGAGUGCGAUUGCGGUCAGGACCAAAGCGAUGAAGUGUCUGUCUGAGGUGGUGGCUGUGGACCCCAGUAUUCUGGCCAGGUUGGAUAUGCAGCGCGGGGUCCAUGGGCGGCUGAUGGAUAACUCCACCAGUGUGCGUGAGGCAGCAGUGGAGCUGCUGGGCAGAUUUGUGCUGAGUCGCCCUCAGCUUACAGAGCAGUACUACGACAUGCUCAUUGAGAGGAUACUGGACACGGGUAUCAGUGUGCGUAAGCGUGUGAUAAAGAUCCUGAGGGAUAUCUGUCUGGAGCAGCCAGGAUUCAGCAGGAUCACUGAGAUGUGUGUGAAGAUGAUACGCCGAGUCAAUGAUGAGGAGGGAAUCAAAAAACUGGUGAACGAGACGUUCCAGAAGCUGUGGUUCACCCCGACGCCCAGUCACGACAAAGAGACCAUGAACAGGAAAAUCAUCAACAUCACCGAUGUGGUGGCGGCGUGUCGGGACUCUGGUUAUGACUGGUUUGAGCAGCUCCUGCAGAACUUGCUGAAGUCGGAGGAGGAGUCCUCCUACAAGCCCACCAGGAAGGCCUGUGUGCAGCUGGUGGACAGUCUGGUGGAGUACAUCCUCAGACAUGAGGAGGCUCUGGCAGAGCAUAAGAGUGUAAACUCGACUCGUCUGGUUGCCUGCAUCACCACCCUGUACCUGUUCAGCAAGAUCAGAGCUCAGCUGAUGGUCAAACACGCGAUGACCAUGCAACCCUACCUCACCACCAAGUGCAGCUCUCAGAGUGACUUCAUGGUGAUCUGUAACGUAGCUAAGAUCCUGGAGCUGGUGGUUCCUCUGAUGGAGCAUCCGAGUGAAAGUUUCCUCACCACCAUGGAAGAGGACCUGAUGAAGCUCAUCCUCAAAUACGGCAUGACUGUGGUUCAGCACUGCGUCAGCUGUCUGGGCGCUGUGGUAAAUAAAGUAACCCAUAAUUAUAAGUUUGUGUGGGCAUGUUUUAACCGUUACUAUGGCGCCCUGACGAAGCUGAAGGUGCAGCACCAGGAGGGCAGCAGCAGUCUGGCUCAGGCGGCCACCAAAGCCGCGCUACUGCGCUCCCUCUUCACCGUGGGGGCGCUGUGCCGGCACUUCGACUUCGACCUGGAGCAGUUCAAGGGAACCACCAAGAUUGAGAUAAAGGAGAAAGUCCUGGAGCUUCUGCUGUACUUCACCAACCAUGAAGACGAGGAGGUGAAGUGUAAAGCCAUCAUCGGUCUGGGUUUCAUGUUCAUAAUGCACCCCAGUCAGAUGUUUGUUCCGGAGGUGAAGACUCUGUAUAAUGGCCUGCUGUCCGACGCGAAGAGCUCCAUCACGCUGAAGAUCCAGGUGCUGAAGAACCUGCAGAUGUACCUUCAGGAGGAAGACUCCCGCAUGCAGGAGGCAGACCGAGAGUGGCAGAAGCUGUCUAAGCAAGAGGACCUGAAGGAGAUGGGCGAUAUCUCUUCAGGAAUGAGCAGCUCCAUCAUGCAGCUCUACCUGAAGCAGGUGCUGGAGGCCUUCUUCCACACGCAGUCCAGCGUCCGGCACUUCGCCCUCAACGUCAUCGCCCUGACGCUCAGCCAGGGACUCAUACACCCUGUACAGUGUGUGCCAUACCUGGUCGCCAUGGGAACAGACCCUGAACCCACCAUGAGGAAUAAAGCUGACCAGCAGCUGGUGGAGAUUGACAAGAAGUACACAGGCUUCAUCCACAUGAAGGCUGUGGCGGGGAUGAAGAUGGCGUACCAGGUGCAGCAGGCCGUGAUCGGUUCCUCUAGUUCCAUCAUCCGCGGGUUCCGGAAGGACGAGUCCAACACGGCACUGUGCUCUCACCUGUACAGCAUGGUGCGCAACAGCAGGAACCAGCGCAGAGCCUUCCUCGUCUCUCUGCUCAACCUGUUCGAUGACAGCUCGAAGCUGGAGGUGAGAAUGCUGCUGUUCGUGGCUGAUAACCUGGCCUACUUCCCCUAUCAGACUCAGGAGGAGCCGCUCUUCAUCAUGCACCACAUCGACAUCAUGCUGUCUGUGUCCGGCAGCAACCUGCUGCAGACCUUUAAGGAGUCUUUAGUGAGACCGCUGGGCCGGACCCCCCGGAAAAAGCGUCCGAGAGUGAGGGUGAGGAGGGAGAGAGAGGAGCAGGAGGACAGGAGAGAGGAGGGCAGUGAGGAGGAGCGAAGCGAGGGAGAACGGGAGGAGGAGGAGGAGGAAAGAGUGAUGAAGGCUCAGGAGCCAGAGUCAGACUCGGACUCUGACCUGGAGAAUGCUGACGCGGUGAUGGAGCGUCUCCCUGACGACACGGCGCCCCUGCUGGACUUUGCCCGAGCCUCACAGGGCAUCCUCCUCCUGCUGGUGCUCAAACAGCACCUCAAAAACCUCUACGGGUUCUCCGAUGGUAAGAUCCAGAAGUACUCCCCCUCGGAGUCGGCCAAAGUGUACGAUAAAGCCGUCAACAGGAAGUCCAGCGUGCACUUCAGCCCUCGCCAGACAAUCGACUUCCUGUCCACCAGCGAUGUCCGUAGUGAGCUGACCGAGCAGCUGAAGAGGAAGAUCGUUAAGCAGUACCUCGAUUUUAAGCUGCUGAUGGAGCACCUGGAUCCUGAUGAAGAGGAGGAGGAAGGUGAGGCGAGUGCUGCCGUCAGAAACAAAGCCAUCACCGCCCUGCUGGGGGCGCCGGGGGGAGGCAGCCCCCGAAACCACCACGCUCCCGACUCCGAGGAGGACGACAGUGAGGGAGACGACAGGACGCCGGGGGCGAGUCGGCGUGGGAGAAGAGCUGCAGACAGCACAGACGUUCUGCAGGCCAACCUAAAUGAAUCGGUCAGCGCGCUGGACAUCAUAGCUAUCCACUGGCCACGGUACAAGGACCGCCCCCAGCUGGCCAGGGUCAUCCAGCGCACCUCCGAGGGCUACAGCGUCCAGUGGAUGGCCGGCUCGUACUCCAGCCCCUGGUCCGAGGCCAAGCGCAGAGAUGGACGCAAGCUGGUGCCGUGGAUGGAAACCAUCCGCGAAUCAGACAUUGUCUACAAAAAAAUCACGCUGACCAGCGGCAACAAGCUCAGCCACAAACUGGCCCAGACACUGCGGGGCAUUUACGCCAACAGAGACCGGAACUCCAGCUAAUCCACACCGACACACACAGAGCGCCACAUCUCUCACACACACACACACACACACACACACACACACACACACACACACACACACGCA